UGAACCUCUGAAAGUUGUACAGUUUUUAGUUUGUUUACGUCAGUUAUCAAACAUGAUGGUUGCAGUGUUUGCUGCUCUUACUUUGUUGUCUGCAGUAGUUGUCUCAGCGGAUCGACAACCCGCUUACACCCCUACACAUAGAUACAGGGUCCCUUCUUAUGGACAAGAUAGAUAUGGCGAACUACAGAAGCAGAAUGAAUUUGGGUACGAUGAUAGUGUUUAUCACGAGGAUAUGUAUGGGGAACCCAACGUGAACAGGGAACAUACCGAUGCGGAAACUGGCGGAGGAUAUGAAGAUACUAUAGCUUAUAGUUAUGAAGACUAUAAGAAGGGAUAUGCUGAAUACGCUCCAAGAGAGUUGGAUUCACAUUUCUGCGGUGGCAAGUACAACGGUAAUUACGCCAAUCCCGGUCUGUCGUAUGAUGCUGACCCUAGAUGCACCUAUAUUUCCUGCUCCAACGACAGGACAUUUUUAUUUAACUGUGCCGAUGGUUCCUGGAACGGGCAGGGCUACAGACAUCACCAACCACACAGCAAGGAAUCGUACCACUACAAGUACCAGCGCUAUGGCUAUGACUUUUGCCAUGUCCAAGACCGCCAUGCCAGUCAGGUGUGCAGACGGGGAAGUCUCGGAUACGAUUAGGUCAUGGAUUUCACUCUAAAAUGAAGCAUUCAUAUGGGUCCACUCAAAAUCUUAUCCAGCGAAUAUCGAUAGAAUCAACAAAUCCACAAUGGGUAUAUGAAAGUAGCCCCCUUUAAAGGAACCGUGUAAUGUUUUAGAUAUUUAUCGAUCAUAAAAAUAUAACUUUUUCGACAUCAAGAUUGUUCAAAAUUUUCGAAAGGUUUACUUUUGCAAAAGAUUGUUAGUCUAAAUUUUCCAAGAUUUAAAACAAAUGGUCACAUAUAUAUUUAGAACAAUUGGGUUAUAUAAGCCUAUGUGUAGACUUUACACAGGGCCUUUAAUGAACAUUAGAUACUUAACGAUUUAAAAAAAUGUGGUACAUUAUAUACAGGGUGAGACUAAUUUGACUAUAGUUUCAUUGAAU